CCUACAAGGCCUAGGCCUACAACUAUACAUGCCUAUACACGCAUGUUAAACAUUAUGAUGCUCCGGACCUUUGCUUGAUGAAAUUUGCCGUAACUGGACCUCGAUGAAGUUUACUUGAAUACCCCUGAUAUAUACUGUAUAUAUACAGUGCCUAUAAAAAGUAUUCACCCCCCUGGAUAUUUCCCCUUUGACUGCUUUUUGUAAAUGGAAUAUUGACCAAUUUAAUUUGGCACUGUAUGUUUAUCAUGGCACAGCGGAUGUCUAUUCAGUGUUCUGAGAGUUAUGUAAUGUAAUUUAUUUAUUUAUUUCAAAAGGGACAGUGCAUAAUAAACAUUAAUAGAUGCAUUGUUCCAGGUUGUAGCAAAUAUUGCUAAUUUCCGCCCAUUUAUUUAUUUUAUAAUAUUAAUUGCUGUUUUUUUAUGCACUCAUCUUUAAUGUUCAACAUAUUUAAUGUUUAACAUCUUUAAACUUCUUUCUCUUAUUUUGAAUGUUAAAUGAAAGUCACUUCAGAACCAAUUGUCUGUGUUCAACAUCACCUUAUCAAGCACUGCCACUGACUAAAAUGACAUGACCAUUACAUUUAGUCCACUAUUAAAAGUUCUUUCAAUAAAUCACUGUGAUCAUAAAUUACUCUGGUUAACUGUCCAUUUUUGUAUAUAUCUCAAUCCUGCAGCAGUGUCUGAGGCUGAGAGAUUAUUUCUACCUGCAACAUGACUUCCCAACCACUAGGGGCUACUGUUGAACAGUAUUCUGCAGAGAUACUCUGAGACCACUCAAAUUUGAUUGCUGUUUUUGAUGAAAAAGCUCUCCGGUCUCCCUCUUAGCUAUACGUUGAAGUUGUUGGGACAAUACAGUGUAAAGUAGAAUCAGCAUUUGCCUCAGGAGACUAACAUAAGAAAACAUAAUGCUCAUGUGGCAGGUUAUUCAAUUUCAAUAGCAGCUCGGCAAUGAAUAAAAUAAAGGAUAAACGGUACAAAGCAGAAAGUCAUCUGUUUAAAAAAGAACAAUAUCAUUCACUCUUGAAUAAACUUUUGCACAGUAUUUACCAUAUGCAUAGCGUAAUACCUAUGCAGUAUUGAAUUACUUCGCAGCAACAAUAAAUUAACCUUCAGAAAUGAUCCUGAGCAUUCUAUAAAAGAAGAGCCAACAUGGGACUUCCUCAUAGCAAGACUUCUGUGUAGCAUUAUAGCAUCAUCAGCAGUAGAAACAUUCAGUGCACAUCGAGACGGUGAUGAGGCAGCAUCCUCGCACGACCUCCACCACUUAACUUCAAUGGGUAAGGGAAGGUUUGGUUUGCAUUCAGUGAGCAAUGCACUUAUUUAGAAGUGGAUUUAGUGGAUUUUUAAACAUUUUCAACAUAAUUUUUCAUCUAAGAAACUAUUAACAGUAUAUGUUUUGCUUAAAAAUAAGAUUACAUAAAAACAUUUACACCAUAAUGCUAUUCUAAACUGACAUGUAUGACCAUAUAUACAACUUACUUUUUUCUGGUAAAUACUGUAUUAUUUACUAGAAAAUAAUUCACAAACAAAACUCUUCUUAUAAAGUCUUAAAUCAAUGCAAUGAAAAUACUUCUUGUUCUAAUGUUUCUAAUGUUUCUACAGAACAAGUAAUUAUGAGAUCUAAAUGUUUUGCCAACAUGUAAUCAACAAAGGAUCUCUGUAACUUGGAUAUGACAAUGGCAGACGCCAAUCUGACCACUGACUUCAGUAAUGUCACCAUACGCCUUUGCCCAUCGGUCACAACUUAUAUAGUCCUGCCAACUCUCUACACCCUGAUGUUCCUGGCUGGUCUCCCUGGAAACAUUCUCUCAUUGUGGGUCUUCAUGUCCAAGAUUCCAGACAAGUCCCCGACACACAUCUACCUCAUCAACUUGAGCGUAUCCAACCUGGUCUUAUGCCUGACAAUGCCCAUCCUGGCAGCAUACUACGCCUUGAGCUCUUUCUUGGACAUAAGCCACCCCUUCUGCAAGAUGGCCGUGUCCUUACUGACACCCAUAAUCCACACCAACAUCACCGUGGGCAUGAUCAACCUGACCUGGGUGGCCUUGAGUCGCUGUGCCACCCUCAUCCUGAACAACCAUGCCCACCGGCCGAACCGUGUGACCAAAGUCCUCCCGUCCGCCUUCCUGCACCAGUUUUGCCACACUCGCGUCGCUUGGGGCCUCUGCCUGGGCACCUGGGGCUUGGUGUUAGCCGGUCUGGUUCCUUUCGUGGUAAUGUACUCUAUGGAAGUGAGUCAGACACCACUGAGGGAAAAAUGCUACAGUGUCAGGGUAGAGGUUGGCAGUGGCGGCUCGGUCAUCGUUGGCAGCCUGGUAAUCUCUUUCCUCAGCUAUCUGCUGGUGCUCAGCUCGUACAUUGCCUUGUCUCGCCAUAUCCAGCGCAUCCGCCACAACACGGCCAUGUCCAACCAGCAGCAUGUCUACGCGAGGGUGUUCCGGAACAUCAUGGUCAUUCUGGUGGUCCUGAGCAUUUGCUUACUGCCUCACCAAAUCUGGAAGGUCGUUUUCCUGCAGUUGGUGCACCAAUACUCUGACUCUGCAUCACUCGAAGCCAACAGCUGUCACCCCCUCUCCGUGCACGUAGAGGUAAAGAACGUGCUCAUCUCUCUGGCUGCUCUGCGUUGUAGCGCAGAUCCCAUCACCUACUUCCUGUUGGACAGGACAUUCCGCAAGCACACCGUCAGCAUGCUGGGACUGACCCCACCCUCAAAUAGCCAAUCGUCAGGGUCGUUGCUGGACCAUAAUGGAGCAGCUUCCCAGGUUUCCAAGGUACAUAACUUUUCACAAGUCAAGACUGAAAACCGUAUGAUGAUGCAAUGUACCGAAACAUGAUAAAUACUGUUCAAGAGACAUUCAUAUAACCAAGCGAUGAAUCUGCUGUCUUGAGUCUGCAGUUCCUCGGGAGAACUAGGCUAGAAGUAUCUGUCUGUGGUUUGAGUGCAUUACUGAGUGAUGGGUGUUAUGAACAUAUACUGUAUUAUGGUGUAUAAUAACCCUUUUAAGGUUAUUAUAAUUAUAUAAGGUUAAGUUGUUGGGUAGUAUAAAAUCAUUGUGUCUGAUAACAUUGGUAAGACCAAUGAUAAUUUAUGUAUGUAUUUCUAAAAUAUACCCCCAUGAAAAAUUAAAAAUCCAUCCAUGUGUGGUGAAUCUUUUAUUAUGUUUGAAAAAUACUCCUUUGAUGGAAGAGGAACAUUUCCCACCCACACAACCUGUACCUAAAUAUCCACCAAGUAAGUGGAGUGUGUUUUGUUGUAUUCAGUUAAUGAAACCUUCCCAUAUCACAUACCAAAAGUCCAUUAAAAGUGGUGGAACAAUGUCAAAAAUGGAAUUAUUUGUACAUUGGUCAAUGGCCAAACAUUUUACCUUUGGCAGUUUUACGGAACUUUCAUAGUAUAGCGGAUAUGUGAAAAUUAUGUCCAAUUCCUUGAUAAAGGCAUGAAACUUG